AAGUUGUUUUUCUCGUGAAUUUGAUGGGUGUUGAAUGUUGAAUGCUGUUCGGGUGGUAAAGUUUGAACCGUUUUUCUUUGGAAGUAAAAUUGCCGGGCUGAAAAAUUAGGUUUUGGAUAAGAUCGUAUUUUGGGUGAAAAUUUGUCUGGUUGUAGUGCAGUAAUUGGUGGGGUUGUCUUUGGGUUCGUGGAAACUUCUCGUAUUUAAGAGAUCACAGACAUACCUCAUUAUCACUUGUCUGCCAGCCUUCAAGUCUUCCUUAUCUCCAUUAUAAGGUUCAGGGUGUCGGGGCAGCUUGCUUUUUGGAUUCGUAUUCAAUAUUUUAUUUGAGGGCAAUCAAUACUGAAGACCAUCUCAUUGAUUUCCGGGGUUUGAGCUUGGUUUAAAAUUUAAAUGGGAGGCCGAUGUUAAAUGAGGCAGGUUCCUUUUAAGCGGGGGAAGAGUUGGACUUUAUCUGAAAGCUGAUAAAUCGUUCGGAAUGAGCCAGCCUAAAAUCAAGCGUUGUAUAGGUAAAUAUGAGGUGGGAAGGACCAUUGGUGAGGGAACAUUUGCAAAAGUGAAAUUUGCACGGAACUCUGAGACUAGGGAGCCCGUGGCUAUCAAAAUUCUGGAGAAAGAGAAGGUUCUCAAGCACAAGAUGGCUGAACAGAUCAGGCGGGAAAUAGCAACAAUGAAGUUAAUCAAGCAUCCAAAUGUUGUGCGAUUAUAUGAGGUUAUGGGGAGCAGGACAAAAAUAUAUAUAGUUUUGGAGUUUGUUACUGGAGGAGAGCUCUUUGACAAAAUUGUAAACCAUGGACGAAUGAGUGAAAAAGAAGCACGUACUUAUUUCCAGCAGCUUAUAAAUGCUGUUGAUUAUUGCCAUAGCCGGGGUGUCUACCACAGAGACCUCAAGCCAGAAAAUUUGCUGCUGGAUGCUCAUGGCCAGCUUAAAGUUUCUGAUUUUGGGUUGAGUGCACUAUCACAGCAAAUCAAGGACGAUGGCCUGCUUCAUACUACAUGUGGAACUCCAAAUUAUGUUGCUCCUGAGGUCCUUGAUGAUAGAGGCUAUGAUGGAGCAACUGCAGACUUGUGGUCUUGUGGAGUGAUUCUCUUUGUAUUGCUUGCAGGUUACUUGCCUUUUGAUGACCCUAAUAUUAUGAACCUGUAUAAAAAAAUCUCAGCUGCUGAAUUUACUUGUCCCCCAUGGAUUUCAUUCAGUGCCAGGAAAUUGAUAACUCGAAUUUUGGAUCCUAACCCCGUGACUCGUAUCACUAUAUCUGAAAUCUUGGGCGAUGAAUGGUUUAAGAAAGAUUAUAAGCCUCCAGUUUUUGAGGAGAAAGGGGAGACCAACCUUGAUGACAUUGAAGCUGUCUUUAGAGAUUCUGAAGAACACCUUGUGACAGAGAAGAAGGAAGAACAGCCGACAGCCAUCAAUGCAUUUGAAUUAAUUUCCAUGUCCAAAGGGCUAAACCUCGAAAACUUGUUUGAUAUUGAGCAGGCACUGAAAAGAGAAACAAGGUUCACAUCAAGAUGCCCUGCGAAAGAGAUAGUGGACAAGAUCGAAGAAGCUGUAAAGCCUCUUGGUUUUGACGUGCAGAAGAAAAACUACAAGAUGAGGCUUGAGAAUGUGAAAGCAGGAAGGAAGGGAAACCUUAAUAUUGCCACUGAGAUAUUUCAAGUGGCACCUUCUCUUCACAUGGUUGAGGUGAGGAAAGCAAAAGGUGAUACAUUGGAGUUUCACAAGUUCUACAAGAGUCUUUCAACAAGGCUUGAUGAUGUUGUUUGGAAAGCUGAGGACGAUACUCAAGAAACGGAGUGAAAUCAUCAGUAUCAUUAUUAUCAAAAGCAAUAUCUUGAUACCUCAUGUCCUCCUGUUUACCAAUUUCUUCAUUCAUUUUUCAUCCUACAGCUUUCUUCUUACGUACUGUUUUCCUAGUUAUUGUAGGAAAGCAUGCAUAGCUUUAUGUAACGUUUUACUCAUCAACAAUCAAAUUAUGUUUACCAAACAAGAAAAGUGCUGGACUCCAAAAGUUUACAUGUAUCAUCCAUUUGUUAAUUAUAUUUUCCUCUCCAUCAGCUAUGGGAAUUGUGUUA